AUGGCGUCCAAAGACGAGGAUCGUCGACCCAAGGCCAGCGCGCUGCGUUCUAUUAUAGCCGGAUCCACGGCCGGAGCAGUCGAGGUUGCGAUAACGUACCCUGCGGAAUUUGCAAAGACACGCACCCAGCUCAACCACCGACUACCUGACUCGAAGAAGCUUCCCUGGCCACCAUUUGGCAGUCAAUGGUAUGCUGGUUGCACUACAUUGAUAAUAGGGAACUCUUUGAAGGCUGGAAUACGGUUCGUUGCCUUUGACAAAUUCAAAUCGCUUCUACAAGAUGAAGACGGUAAAAUCUCCGGACCGAAGACGGUUAUUGCAGGUUUUGGGGCUGGUUUCACCGAAUCGCUAUUUGCCGUGACGCCGUUUGAAAGUAUUAAGACGCAGCUUAUCGAUGACCGCAAAUCCGCGAACCCGAGAAUGCGAGGAUUUCUGCACGGAAGCAAAAUAAUUGCCCAAGAGAGGGGUAUCCGUGGGUUCUUCCAAGGACUUGUCCCGACCACGGCACGUCAAGCCGCAAACUCAGCAGUUAGAUUUUCGAGUUAUACGACCCUGAAGCAAUUUGCGCAAGGUUACGUUGCGCCUGGAGAGAAAUUAGGGACGCUUAGUACCUUUGCUAUUGGAGGAGUUGCUGGUAUAAUCACGGUAUACGUGACACAGCCACUUGACACAGUGAAAACAAGGAUGCAAUCUCUCGAUGCAAAGAGCCUCUACAAGAACAGUCUUACUUGUGCCGCGAGUAUAGUGAAAGACGAGGGCGUCUUCACUCUCUGGUCCGGGGCAAUGCCACGCCUGGCACGGUUAAUUCUGAGCGGAGGAAUUGUGUUCACCAUGUACGAAAAAACUAUGGAGGGACUCGAUUCCCUCGACCCUGAGCGUAAGUAUUUAUGA